AACCGGGCUGGCCAUUAUCUAAUCGACCAGCGCGCAUCGUGCAGGCUUCUACUCCCCCAACCUCUCGUCGUAUGCAAAGCCCCAAUACCGUUUCAACCUCUUCUCUUCCCUUCUCUCCUCCCCCUCCUCAUCUUCCUCAGUCUCCCCCUCCCUUCCCUUCAUGCCCAUUUCCUUUAUCUGUCCUCUCUUCUUUUGGAUAGCAGCAAAGAAGAACAAAAACAAUGGAACGAACCCAUUCUCACAUUCCCCAGAAAUCCUCUAGCUUCAUCUCCUCUCGCGAGGAGAAACUCCGCGGCUCCGAUCGCAACCUCUCCCUCAGCUCUCUCCACUUUCAUCCCAUCUCCGAGGACGUCGCUGAAGUCGCCGACGCAAACAAGGUAGAAAAAGACGAUAAUGAGGAACGAGAAGAGAAAGAAGAUUCACCCGCUAAUGAGAAGCAGGACAACAACGACGAGACAGCCACAACGGCCGGAGAAAUCCCCGACCACUACGAUCUCCUUUCCCUCUCCGAUGACAUCGACCAGUUCCUCGCAAUCCUCCACAAUUCGCCGGAGACCAUUCCGGAGAUUCCUGAUAUCGCCAUUUCCCGCUUCGGCGCAUUGCUCGAGAAAGAGAUCGCCAAGUACGAUUGCGGCGGCGAUCGAUGGUCUUCUUCGGAUUCCCAUGAAGUUGCCUCGUUUCUCGAUUCCGUCGACCGCGCCUCUAAACUCAGCGCCGCCCUCUCUGAAUUCUCCGGCUCGGAACCCCAGUACUACCAAGCCAUGAACGAAAUCGGCGCCGUCGUCCACCACGCCAUGGCAUUCUUAGAAGACGAGUUUCAUUCCAUUCUUGUCAACGAAUCUUCCUCCAAGUCGAGGAAACCCCCUUCGGAUUCCACCUCCGGCGCAUCCAAGCCUAAACGCCGCCCGUCAUUCAGUCUCGUACACGAGCCCGAUCGCUGCGUUCUCCAACCCAAUCUCUCCGAUCAUUCCGCGACUCCUGAUUCCCCCUCCGCUGACCUGACAUCCCCUCACCCUGAUCACCAAAGCACCACCCGUCUCCGCCACAUUGCCAGCGCCAUGAUCACCUCUGGCUACGAAACAGAGUGCUGCCAAGUUUACACCAUCGCGCGGCGCAACGCCAUGGAUGCCAGCCUCUCCGACAACGGUUUUGAUAAAAUAAGCAUCGAUGACAUUCUUCGCAUGCCUUGGGAAACUCUAGAAUCCGAAAUUGCUUCGUGGACCAAAGCCUUUCGCCACGCCAUCACCAUCUCCAUCCCACGCGAACGCGAGCUCUGCGAAAGCGUCUUCGAUGGUCCCCAUCGCCCCAUUGUCGACGCCAUUAUCCGCAGCCUUGCCCGCAGCCUCCUCAUCCAACUCCUCACCUUCGCCGAAGCAGUAUCCAUGGUCAAGCGCUCCGCCGAAAAGCUCUUCAAAGUUCUCGACAUGUACGAAGCCCUUCGAGAUAUGAUCCCGAAACUCGAUGAGAUCUUCGAUUCCCACACCGUCGACGAAGACAUCAAGAUGGAUCUGUCCUCUGUUCGCACCCGCCUCGGCGAAGCAGCCGUUUUUAUUUUCUGCGAUUUGGAGAUCUCCAUCAAAUCCGAUACAGCUAAAGCCCCCGUCCCCGGCGGCGCCGUUCAUCCCCUCACCCGUUAUGUUUUGAACUACCUCAAAUACGCCUGCGAGUACAAGAACACGCUCGAGCAAGUUUUCAAAGAUCACCGAAAAGUAGACAGGUCGAUGUCGACGUCGCCGUCUUCAUACAGCAACGACGGCGACGGUGAUGACAACUCAGCCCGCGACUGCAGUCGCUGGGCGGGGAGUAGCGGCCAAAGCCCUUUAUUUGCUUCCCAGGUAGUCCAAGUAAUGGACCUGCUCAAUGCCAACCUGGAAUCAAAGGCAAAGCUCUACAAAGACCUAGCCCUCAGCAACAUCUUCAUGAUGAACAAUGGGAGAUACAUAGUGCAAAAGAUCAAAGGUUCUGCAGAAAUCAAAGAGCUUUUAGGGGAGACUUGGUGCAGGAAGAAAUCGUCCGAUUUACGAAAGUACCACAAGAACUAUCAACGGGAGACAUGGUCUAAGGUACUGGGAUGCUUCAAAGACGAAGGUUUGCAGGUGAAAGGUUCAGUUUUGAAGCCAGUGCUUAAGGAGAGAUUCAAGAGCUUUAACUCCAUGUUUGAGGAAAUACACAAGACACAGAGCGGGUGGUUGGUGAGCGAUGAACAGUUGCAGUCGGAGCUCAGGGUAUCUGUAUCGGCAGUGGUGGUGCCGGCAUAUCGGUCAUUUCUCGGGCGAUUCAGCCAGUAUUUGGAUCCUGGAAGACAGACGGAGAAGUAUAUUAAGUUUGGGCCAGAUGAUCUUGAAUCUUAUAUAGAAGAUCUCUUCGAUGGCAACCCGACCUCCAUGUUGAAGAAGAAGUCAUGAUCAGUGUCUUUUUAAUGGCCGGUGAAGUCUCUUUCUUUGUUGCUUAUACUAAUUGAUUUGAUUUGAUUUUCUUUUUCAUUGUGAUCGCAUAGGACGUCUGAUUUUGUGAGCCUUUAAUGGAAGAAUAAAAUUACAUCGUUAGCUAUCUCUUGUAGGAUUUGCAAUGCAAAAUUAACAAGUUUUGGCAUAUUCAAUA